AUGGCUACUCCGAUACCUGGCUACCAAGCGUCGAGGCGGGAGAGCAGGCGAACGCAAAAAAAAGGCGGUGGGCGUCGAAAGCGAGGUGGUAAGAAAGCACAAUGCGCCACCGAGGAACGGCGCAAGCUCCCAGAUGGCUUCACCGCGGACAUUCUAGGUGAGAAUGACGACGGUACGGAAACGUCCGCCGAUCCGAACGGCUAUGCGGUCGAUAAUGUGGCGCAUGGUGAACAGGCGGUGUUUGGUGUGGCGAAUGAUGACGGUUCAUAUCGCGACGAGACGUAUGGCAAGAAGGUGGUUGGUGAAGCGGACAAAGGCGAAGCGGACGGAGGCGAAGCGGACGAAGGGGAGGCGGACGAAGGGGAAGCGGACGAAGGGGAAUCGGACGAAGGUGAAGCGGACGAAAGCGAAGCGGACGAAGGCGACGCUGACGAAGGCGAAGCGGACGAAGAGGAAGCGGAAGAAGGCGAAGCGGACGAAGGCGAAUCGGACGAAGGCGAAGCGGACGAAGGCGAGGAGGGGGAAGGCGAGGAGGGGGAAGGUGAAGGGGCGGAAGGCGGAGAGGCGGAAGGCGUAGGAGCUGUUGGCGAGGAGGCAGAAGGCGAAGGGGCGGAAGGUGGGGAGUGGGAUGGCGAAGAGGGGGAAGGCGAAGAGGGGGGAGGCGAAGAGGGGGAAGGCGAGGAGGGGGAAGGCGAAGAGGGGGAAGGCGAGGAGGUGGAAGGCGAAGAGGGGGAAGGCAAUGAGGGGGAAGGCGAAGAGGGGGAAGGCAAAGAGGGGGAAGGCGAAGAGGGGGAAGGCGAAGAGGGGGAAGGCGAAGAGGGGGAAGGCGAAGAGGGGGAAAGCAUAGGGGCUGUAGAUGGGGCCGGAGAGGAGGUGGAAGGCGAGCAGGUGGAAGGAGAGGAGGCGGAUGGGGUCCAGGCAGAUGGCGACAAUGUGGGCGAAGGCCUGUCCGAUUACUCCAAUUUUAGUGCAGAGGAGAGAACUAAUGGGCGGCGGACACGCGUACAAGCACUCAGCCGCGGGUCGACGCUGGAUGAGGAUGAAGAAGCUGCACGAGUGGUGAAGAAAGGGCGGUUUAUGAUUCUGGGGGCCGCACCGGAUGAUACGCAACAGAGGGAGGGUGGGAGCAGCAGCAGCAUCAACUGGGGUGAGGGUGGGAGCAGCAGCAGCGUCAACGGGAGGGAGGGUGGGAGCAGCAGCAGCAUCAACUGGGGUGAGGGUGGGAGGAGCAGCAGCGGCAUCUACUGGAGGGAGGGUGGGAGCAGCAGCGGCAUCGACUGGAGGGAGGGUGGGAGGAGCAGCGGCAUCGACUGGAGGGAGGGUUGGAGGAGCAGCAGCAUCGACUGGAGGGAGGGUGGGAGGAGCAGCGGCAUCGACUGGAGGGAGGGUGGAGGAGCAGCGGCAUCGACUGGAGGGAGGGUAGGAGCAGCAGCGGCAUCGACUGGAGGGAGGGUGGGAGGAGCAGCGGCAUCGACUGAAGGGAGGGUGGGAGCAGCAGCAGCAUCGACUGGAGGGAGGGUGGGAGCAACAGCAGUGUCAACGGGAGGGAGGGUGGGAGCAGCAGCAGCAUCAACUGGGGUGAGGGUGGGAGGAGCAGCAGCGGCAUCGACUGGAGGGAGGGUGGGAGCAGCAGCGGCAUCGACUGGAGGGAGGGUGGGAGGAGCAGCGGCAUCGACUGGAGGGAGGGUGGGAGGAGCAGCGGCAUCGACUGGAGGGAGGGUGGGAGGAGCAGCGGCAUCGACUGGAGGGAGGGUGGGAGGAGCAGCGGCAUCGACUGGAGGGAGGGUGGGAGCAGCAGCGGCAUCGACUGGAGGGAGGGUGGGAGCAGCAGCAGCAUCUACUGGAGUUUUCAGGCCCAGGGGUACCAGUACUGUAAGGACGCUGCCUCCAGGGCCCACGGCUUUGGCUGCCGUAUCAACCAGGGUGGCGCAGACGCAGUGGGUAUCACGAGCGGAGUUUGCGGCGCUUAGGAAGGAGAUACUCCAACAGUUUGAGAGCCUCAGGGCUCAAGGAGUCGCGGUUCCUGCUCAAGGACUUGCGUCGCAGGGCAGCGACGCAACAACAGGCGUUCCUCGCCCUCCAAGUCGGAGUGCCGGACAAAUCGCUCUGGAAAUGGUGAUCGACGAUGCUGGAGACUGGAAGUGCUCUCCCUUCCUGCCUUGUCUCGCUGCUCCUCUGCACUCACCAUGCCAUGCCCUGUAA